GGUCAGAGAGCAAGUUGGGAAAGCCUUUAUCUGGCUCUGUCUGCGGCGCUCACAUCUGUAGGGAUCACUUUGGUUAAUCAUUGUUUCUCCUCGAUGCUGAGUUGCAGAAGGUGACACACCACGAGCUGCUGGAGGAAACAAGUCCGAGUGUUUUAGUGAGAUGAYAGCGAGGGAAAGGAAAUCCCCGGAAAACCGUCACACACGGCAAAACGGUUGUUCAACAAAGGAUGCUCUCAUCUGUCAGUCUCAAGAGUCUCUCCUGAGAAGUGUGGCACACACAAACGCUGUGUGGCGAGUGUAGAUAAGCCCCCUUAUGAGGUGAAAGCCCCUCCCCAUCCUGCAGUCUCCCCUCCUCCAGCACCACCAGCAGGAAUAAGGGAUGUCAGGACUGUUCCUCUUCCUGACAGUGCUCAUUGUCUCCUGCAGCAUCCAGGUGUCUUUUGCUGCUACGUUGGACAAGCUGAAGGAGGACUGGAAGCAUUACAUGGAAGAGUGUGUUCGUAACAACAGUCGGUAUCCACCCAGCACCGGUCUUGUGUGCAACAGGACGUCUGACAGUUACGCCUGCUGGCCUGAUGGCCACCCCAACACUACCGUCAGUGUGGCAUGCCCGUGGUAUUUACCAUGGCACCAUAAAGUCCAACACGGCAUGGUGUACAAGGAGUGUGACGCCAACGGCCAGUGGGUGACGGCGGAGAACACCAGCGAGUGUGAGUCUCAUGAUCCAAAACCGUACGACUUUAGAUACAUUCGGAUCAUGUACACAGUGGGCUAUUCCUUAUCCCUGGUGGCUUUGGUAUUGGCUCUUGGAAUUCUUAUAUUCUUCAGGAAGCUGCACUGCAUGAGGAACAACAUCCACAUGAAUCUGUUUGCCUCCUUUAUCCUGCGAGCCCUGUCAAUCCUGAUCAAAGACGCUUUGCUGGAGGCCAACCGCAUAUCGCAAGACCUCAGCAGGGACCAGGUUCCAGCCUUCCCCAGCACGUCGUCCCCGAUGGAGCUGCAGGACAACAAUGUGACAUGGAUGGGUUGUCGCAUGGCAGUGGUGAUGAUGCAAUACAGCAUCAUGGCUAACAGCUACUGGCUCCUGGUGGAAGGCAUCUACCUCCACAACCUCCUGGUCAUCACCGUCUUCACUGAGAGGAACUACUUCAAAAUCUACCUGUGCAUUGGCUGGGGUACACCGUUAAUUUUCCUCAUGCCGUGGGUCCUUGUUAAACACAUUGCUGAAGAUCAAGAGUGUUGGGAGCGAAACAUCAACAUGAAUUACUGGUGGAUUAUCCGAGCACCCAUCUUUUUUGCUGUUGUGAUCAACUUCCUCAUCUUUAUCCAUAUCAUUAAAAUUCUUGUUUCGAAACUUCGAGCGCAUCAAAUGAGAUACACAGAUUAUAAGUUCAGGUUGGCAAAAUCGACUUUAACCCUAAUCCCUCUUCUGGGCAUCCAUUAUGUGGUCUUUAUCUUCUUGACAGACGAGUACACUGAGGCAAACACYAGUUUACGUGUCACAAAGGUCUUCACUGACCUUUUCUUCUCCUCCUUCCAGGGUCUCCUGGUUGCUAUCUUGUACUGCUUUGUCAACAAAGAAGUUCAAUCUGAGGUCCUGAAGAAGUGGAAGCGCUGGAAACUCGGGAGGAACAUCGAGGAGGAAUACCGCCACACCUACAGCAAUACUCCCAACACCAAGACGGGCAGCCUGCUGAACCACAUCUCUCGGGUCUCUCAACUUCCGGACAUCACCAAAUCCUCCGACCCCGUCUGCAGCCCCGAGGAGACGCACAUGCUUGUGGCCGGCUGCCACAACGGUUUGGUCCGCAGCGAGGCGGGAGGCAACUGUGCCCCGCAGCAGAACGAGGAAACCAGCAACUGCACCCUGAUGGAGGACGUCAGCCUCGCGGAGAAGAUGCAGUGUUACGAGGCACGUAGGGGUAACGUGGAGAGCCACCUUUGAACUUGGAGAAAGGUUCGGGGCUCUGCUGUGGCUCAGACUGACAGCUCAGCUUGGAUGUAAAGAGGUGGGCUGGGGGGAGCAGAUAGCAGUCGAUGCAGCGCUCAGCUCUGGAACAGCACUGUAGGAUCGACCGCAUCGACCCCGUGCCGCGAGUCUUGUGAGUGGAUUCCUCUCUACAUGUUUGACAUUAUAAAACUGCUGCCUAUUGAACAACUCAUCCUGAUGCAGAUAAGCCAUUAAAAGCAGCAGCAAAACACAGAAAGCAACAACAACAACAACAAAAAGACUCAAGGUUCUGGCUCAAAGUCUCUGCUUUAACGUUUGCUGUCUAAAUGUGGGUUUCGUGGUACUGAGAGUUAACUGGACAUUGGACUGUGCACACAAAUGAAGACCAAACAAACAGUGUAAAACACACAAAAAAGAAGAAGCCAGAGACAGUAAAAAUAACUUUUUAUACAGUGUAUACUUUCUGGUAUGUUCAAACUGUUUUUGUCUUCACUGAUAUUAAAGAAAACAGUAAAAAAAAGAAGAAAAAAUAGUAUAAAAACAUUCUGUUAUCUAUACCUCAUAUACAAUAAAGUGACCACAGUGGUGUUGUUCAUGGGAAAAAGGCAGCUGGCUUACAUAUAGAGUUUAAAAUUAGGUCAAAGUAUGAUUCUGAAUGGAAACAAGCUGCAAGGCAAAUGUAUGAGUUUAUAAAAGCAUUAUUUAUUUAGGUGUGAUGAGUGUUGCUGAGUGCUACAGGUCUGAUUGUUAAAUGUGGUCAAAGAUAAACAUAAAACAGACYUUCUGAACCUCUUAGUAAAAUUAGAACACAGUGCUUCUGAAACAAACAGUUUUUUUAUGAUGCUCCAGCUUGGAUGUGACGAUUUACUGGGCUGCAGUGAAUUAGCUGCUCACGCUUCAAAUCAGCGUCAACAUUUUGCUAAUGCUGUCAGAAGUGCCAGAAAGGUUCUGCUAAUGACCGCACACACCAAGUCUCCCUGUGGACGAUGUUUCAAGCUGUMGGCAAAUUCAUGGGUUGCAUCCUUCAAAGGGCAAAUUUGAAGGCUGAUAGAGACAAACGCAUCCUCCUCAGCCCUGAUUUGAGGGCUGGGUCCGGUGGAUACUUCUCYGCCCACCCUAUCCCAAGAUGCAUUGUGGGAUGCUUGUAAUGGUGGACGAAGUUAGAGAAAGGAGGGCCAUUUUAAAUAAAAAUCUGGCGGUAGAAAUAUUGAAAGUUUAAAGUGGUUGUGUUGUUAAGGCUCCCACAGACCCAUUCUCACUCCCUGGUCGUCACAUAUUGGCACUUUUCCAAGGUUCCCUCUGCAUCCGAU